CAGGUUCAAAUGCAGAAAUGACAUGGUGGAAGGGCCUGACGCAAAGGAAAAUCUGCUCACACUGUGGUGGUCAGGAAGCAGAGAGAGAAGGGAGGAGCAGGGGAGGGAGAUACACCCUUCCAGGUCAUUCCUCUAGAAAGCAUGACCAACUCUUAACAGCACACUCAACUGCUGAACUCAUCUAUGGACUAAUGCACUGAUGACUAUAGCACCCCCAUGAGCCAUUCACCUUCCAACCACACAAACAGACUUCUGUUGGACAUCCUAAAUGUAAACUAUAGAUUUUAGACUAUAGAGAGCUGCAGGUGGGGAGAAUUCUUGUGGCAAGCCCAGAGUACAGGUGGCCAUGGGUUGGCUUCCAACCUAAGGACUGUGGCUCUUGUUCUCUGUUUCCCACCUCAUUCCUGCUUGGCCUAGAAUGAACGUUAACAAAGACCUCCCAGCCAUUGACAGCCAAAGAGAGCUCCACAUAUGGAUCACUGAGAACCUGAAGAUGGUGCCAGUACCUGAGAGGGCUUAUGGGAACUUCUUUGAGGAGCACUGCUAUAUCAUCCUCCUUGUUCCCCAGCGUCCAAAGGCCACACAGGAAGUAUCUAGAUAACUGCACUACUGGAUUGGAAAGGAGGCAAGUGUGGAGACCAAGGGAGCUGCAGGUGCCUUCAUGCAGUGCCUGCAAGAGGCACUGGGUGACCAGAUGGUGCAGCAUCGAGAAGCACAGGGCCAUGAGUCUGACUGUUUCCACAGCUAUUUCCAUGCUGGAGUCAUCUACAGGGAGGGAGGCCCAGGACCUGACCUCAAGCAUGUGGAGACCAAUAUGUACAAUAUCCAGAGACUGCUGCACAUCAUAGGGAGGAAGCAUGUGUCUGCUACCCAGGUGGAGCUGUCCUGGAACAGCUUCAAUAAGGGUGACAUCUUCCUGUUGGACCUGGGCAAAGUGAUGAUCCAGUGGAAUGGGCCGGAGACCAGCAUUUCUGCGGGUCCUCUCCCCCAGGGCCUGGCCUUGACCUGCAGCAUCCGGGACAGGGAGAGUGGUGGUUGUGCACAGAUUGGUGUGGUGAAUGAUGAGGCUGAAGCCAGUGACCUCAUGCAGAUCAUGGAAGCUGUGCUGGGCUGCCGAGUUGGCAGCCUGCAGGCUGCUAUGCCCAACAAGACUAUCAACCAGCUGCAGAAGGCCAAUGUCCGACUCUAUCAUGUCUAUGAGAGGGGCAAGGACCUGGUAGUCCAAGAAUUGGCGAUCUGCCCACUGACCCAGGACCUACUUCAGAGGGACUGCUACAUACUGGACCGGUGUGGCUUCAAGAUCUACAUAUGGCAGCGGCGCAGGUCCAGCCUCCUGGAGAAAAUGGCUGCCUUUAGCAGGGCUGUGGGCUUCAUCAAGGCCAAGGGGUACCCAAACUGCACUAGCGUGGAGGUGGUGAACGACGGCGCCGAGCCGGCCGCGUUCAUGCAGCUCCUCCGGACGUGGUCUAAAGAUCUGGGCAGGAAAAAGCCUGGCGGGACAGGUAAAUUGAUCCAGGUAAAGCUGGAUGUGGGAAAGCUACACAGCCAGCCUGAACUAGCGGCCCAGAUCAGGAUGGUGGACGACGGCUCUGGGAAGGUAGAGAUGUGGUGCAACCAGAAUCUAGCCAGGCAGCCUGUGGACCCCAAGCAUCAUGGCCAGUUGAGCUCAGGCAGCUGCUACCUUGUCCUCUACACAUACCAGAAGCUAGACCACGUCUAGUACAUCCUGUACCUAUGGCAGGGCCACCAGGCCACUGCAGAUGACAAGGCACUGAUCUGCAAUGCUGAGGAGCUGGACCUCAUGUACCAGGGAGCCCUGCUGCAGAUGCAUGUGACCAUGAGCAGUGAGCCCCCCCACUUCCUUGCCAUCUUCCAGGGUCAGCUGGUGGUCUUCCGGGAGAUCACUGGAGACAAUGGGAGGGGGAAGCCAGCAUCCACCACGAGGCUCUUCCAUGUACAAGGCACCGAGAGCCACAACACCAAGACCGUAGAAGUAGCAGCUCAGGCCUCAUCCCUCAGCUCCAGUGACAUCUUCUUGCUGGUCACAGCUGAUACUUGCUACCUCGGGUUUGGGAAGGGCUGUAACGGUAACCAAAGUGAGAUGGUGAGGAUGGCGGUCACUGUCAUCUCCGCAAAUAACAAGGAAACUGUUCUGGAGGGUCAGGAGCCUCCCCACUUCUGGGAGGUGCUGAGAGGGCGGGACCCCCUACCCCAGCAAGAGGUAACAGGUUUGGGAGGAAAGUGUUUUUACCUUGAGGAGCAACCAAGGCCCAGAAAGUGUGGGUCACUAAUUAGGGUCUUCCUGUGGCUUGGAAAAGCUUCAGGUGAGCAGAAGGAGGCAGUGGCCUGGGGCUGGGAAUACCUGAAGAUUCAUCCAGCAGGGAGGAACCUGGCCGUACCCAUUGUGCUGGUCAAGCAGGGCCAUGAGCCUCCCACCUUCACAGGGUGGUUCUUCACUUGGGACUGCUACAAGUGGAUGAACGACCAGUCCCAUGAAGAAGUGAUGGAGGGAAGCCUGGGAACAGGGUCUGCCAUCUCUGAGAUAACAGCGAAAAUCAACAACUUUGGGCCAUCCCAAUGGCCAGGCAAUAGGAGGGCAGGUCCCUCAGCCUUGCUGGUCCUCAAGGGCUCCCAGGACAGCUCAUAGGAGCUGGAGUUGGGCCCCAGGACAAGUACUAGGAUCACCAGCACCAGGACAAAUGCCAGCAGCUGUGUCAGUGACACCAGCUCACCAGUCAGUGGGAAUCUGCCCCGGGAACGGCUGAUGCACCAGGCUGCUGAGGACCUGCCCCCAGGUGUGGACCCUGCCCGAAAGGAGUUCUAUCUCUCAGAUUCUGACUUCCAAGAUAUCUCUGGGAAAUCCAAGGAAGAUUUCUACAGCAUGGCCAAGUGGAAGCAGCAGCAGUAGAAAAAGAAGCUGGUUUCUUCUGAGCCCUGGGGGGAACCUGUUCCUCAUCCCCCUUAUCAAUAA